AUGGUGCGAGUCAAACAGAUAGCUCGCAAAUCCGUAGCAGGUUAUGCUCACUACUUGAAAGUCAAGAAAGAUUCUUUGACACUUGUCAAGCCUGUUGUGGAGGACAACCCAGCUCUUGAAGAGAACCCAGCUCCUAAAGAGAGCAAAGAGAUAGAUAAAGGUGAAGGCCCUCCGGCCAUCCUUCGUUCUAGAGCAACAUGUAGAUGGCAGCCCCCUGGUGAAGGGUGGCUGAAGUUAAACUUUGAUGGGGCUACCCGGUGCAACCUAGGGAAAGCGGGGAUAGGAUGCGUUGUUCAUAAUUGGGAAGGAAAGGAAGUAGCAUUCCUUUCCUCUCCAGCUAGCAUCAAUACAAAUAACUGGGCAGAAUUGUUGGCCCUAGUGGAAGGCUUGCUCUUAUGCAGGAAACAUGAAGCUAAAUACUUAGAUAUUGAGGGAGACUCGACUAUAGUUGUCAAUGCUCUAAGAAAAGGUAGCAUGCCCGAUUGGAAACUUAAUACCUUGCUAUCAAAGGCUAUGGACAUAUGCAAAGGUUUUGAUAGGUUUACAGAUAAUCACAUCUAUAGGGAAGGUAAUAAAAGGGCAGAUGAGCUUGCCAACAUGGGGUCUGAUGGCAUCAAGCUCUUGUCUUUGCCAACUUAA